AUGAGCCUUUCUCUGAAUAUUGCGCCUCUUCUUGAAUUGGCACCUCAACCGGCAGAGCCCUGGACAGGAACACGCAGUGCCAAAGAGUUUGGGCCUGUAUGUUUUCAGUUCAGUAUCGUGAAUCAUGACCUAAGCAAUAUGAGCGAAGAUUGUUUGUUUGCCAAUGUCUACACACCAGAUACAAAACCUAAACGGCUACUACCGGUCAUGGCUGUGGUAUCUCACGCGGACGACUUGGCGUACUUAUUCCCAGUAAAAAUCAAGACUGAGAAAGUUGAUAUUGGAUCUGAAACUUUUAAAUGUAUAGAUAGGAUGACUACGCUGUGGACAAACUUCGCAAAGUUCGGAAAUCCAACUCCUGACAAAAGUCUCGGUGUGGAGUGGAGACCGUUCGAUUCAGAGAAGAAAGAGUACCUGGACAUUGGCAACAAAUUAGCUAUGAGUAAUGCACCUGACAAAGAAGAAUUAGAGCUUUGGGAAAACAUCUUUAUGGAAUACUUACCAAAUUAUGUAACCCUGUGA